AUGUGGCAGGAGUUCGUCGACAACACAACACUACAUGGUGUCAGAUAUGUUUUUAAGAAGCGUCAUAUUUUAAUUAGCUUAAUUUGGGUGGUGUUACUGCUUGCUUCUGGAGGAUACUACAUUUUUACAGUUUACACAGCGUUCAAAAAAUAUUACGACCGACCAAUUAACACUGUAGUAAGCAGAAAACAUGUUAAAGAAAUGGAUUUUCCAGCUGUUACAGUCUGCCCUCUGAACGAGUUUGCUGCAAGUAAGCUGUACAUGACAGAUGACAACCCAUUGUUUGUUUCCAGCGGGUUAAAUAUUAGCUCAUGUGCUGUGACCUCAAAAGUACGAGGUGAUCAACCUUGUGGAUGGUCGCUACUUUGUGUUUUGCCUGAAUAUGAAACUUUACGCCCCGCUCUACCAAACUGCACGAGUCAAUAUAGAGAAGAACUGUUGAAUACAAUGCAAGAAUCUGCUCAUUAUAUCGACAGAGAAAAUUUACAUCGUUACUACAGUCAAGAGAUAGAAUCCCUCGUUGGACCCAAGUGCGAGUUUGAUGUUGUUGCAAAUUGUUCAGCAAAAGAUUUUGCUCCCUUGGUAACCCAAUGGAGCAAGUGCUACACCUUUAACUCAGGGAAAAAUGGCAAAAUAAAGAGGGUGAACAGUGCUGGUGUUUCGUUUGGAUUUUCUGUCAUUCUUGAUGCAAAGACAGAAGAAUAUAGUUAUGGAAAGUUUUCAGAAGGAUUCAAGGUGAUAAUUCACAAGCAGGGCGAAUUCGUUGAUGAAUGGGAGGGAAUCAACGUAGGUCCAGGACAACAUGCUGUUAUUGCGCUUUCGGAGAAAAGGGUAACGUUCUCCAUUUGCUUGGAGUUGAUGAUUUGUUCUGGAUGUUUGUUCUUUGUUGCUUUCUCUAACCAGUUCUAAAAGUAUUUCACUCAAGAAAAAAUAACCCAGAGCAUGCCACAGAUCUAAGCCCCUCCUAAUAAGUCGCAGCUUUUAUGCUUUUUUGAGCUCAUCAAUGUUAGUUUAUGCAAUUUUUCUACGAGUUAAAGGAACUGAAAGAACAAAAAAUAGCUAGACACUCAUUAAACCGACCAGUUAAAUGUCUUUAACUUUAUUUUUCUCUAAUUUUCAAAAUAAGUGAAACUGCAAUUCUGGUCAUAAUUUGUUGAAACACUUCCGGAAAACACAAGGUAAACUAAGUGAUUCCACGAUGUAUUGUUUGUUCCACAUGUAUUGCUUGCUUUUCCUUCCUCGAUGUUGGUUUCAAGGGUUUGUUCGGGCAUAAACGUCUGCAAAAUCAACAUGAAAGGGGUGGAGGAGAAAAAACGGCAAGCGUUUCAACAACUAUGACUGGGAAUGUGUAAUGGAUGGUCUGACUUUGAAAACUCACCAACAGAUCAUUGUUAUUUAUAGUACAAGAAUCUGGAAAAGCCGUAUUCUACCAACUGCAGCAAGAGAACUUUGGCAACGUUCCAUACUUACACAAUAGCGGGCUGUCUUUUCGAGUGUGAGGCUGAAAUGGUCAUCAAGGAUUGUAAUUGCCGGCCCUCUGGCUACAAAGGUAGUAGCAAUUAAGACUUAAAGAGCAAAGGGGUUUAUUAAGAACACUUUCAAUUAAAAUAGGCGUUUUAAAAGUAGAAGCAAUACAUUUGGUUGUAAUGCCAAAACCGAUUAUCAUGUUAAGGUUGUAAAACAAUCAAAACGAGGGGGCGGGGGGGGGGCAAUAAGCUAUUCCUGGAACUCCUAGAAGUCUAUAUAAUUUCAGUUGUUUUAUUCUCAAACUUUCAAGGCAAUUUGAGAAUAAAGGAAAAAGGUGCAAUGGAGUGCUUCAUAUUCCUGGCAUAUCUGGCUAUUGGAAGGAACAGCAAGGGAGAGGGAAGCAUGAUUUUCCUUUUUCCCUAGAAGUGACCCUACUAAUAAAUUCAUCUUAUUUACGGUAAUUCUUAUUUCAAUACUUUGCUCUUAGAAAAGGUCUCUCAGAUGCACGCAUGCGUAACCGAAGGGGAAUUAGUCUGUGUUUCAAAUGUUUCAGGUAAGAGGUAACUGUGGAAACUACUGUCACACUGUCUUAUUUUAUUUUAUUUUAGUUUUUUCGUCUUUAAGUUCUCACGUAUCGACCCUCUUUUUCUAGUUAAAGAAAUACUGUAUAUCUGUGCACUUUAAAAGCUUUUAACCCAAUCAUUUCGUUGUCAACUGAUCCACUCACUGAUCAGAUAGAAUUUUCGAUAUGUUAUGUAUAUAUGCCACAGUAUUUGUCACACAGAACAGUUUCAUGUGAAGAGUAUACAGGAAAAACGAAGCGUAAUUACAUUUAUCAUGUUUUUUUUCAUGAAGCUCAAAAAAUAAAACAACGGAUCAUCUCAUCGUGUCAGUUCCAGAAGCUUCUGUUAUUUCCCAAGUAGAAAUUGCAAGUAGGAGAAGGCGCGAGUGCACUUGCACUAGUACUUGUCCUUUAAUUCAACUUUUCUAAGGAAGCGACAUGCCGUAAGAGAUAAUAUCAUUGUUUAGCAGAGAAACGAUGCCGUGUAAAUUUCUUCAAUAGCUUCAGCGGAAUAUAGAAUAAGAUAUCAGCAAAUGUUGAAAAAACGAAAAAGAACAAUGUCUCGACUAUUUUAAGAUUUAUAUACACAUUUAUAUACACGUAGUUUAUCAUGAUUAAAGUUUUCAAUCUAAUAAUCAGAGCAUAUUACUAUCAGAUUACUUAGAUAUCCAGUCCUGUGAGUGUGAAGUGCCUUGUAAUCAGACUAAAUAUUACACUGAGGUGUCCUAUUCAAAGUUUCCCAGUCCUGGCACAGCUAGAGUUCUACAGCUGCGCGGCUACACACGUGACUUACAAUACCAAAGGUAACGUGUUUUCAAUGCCUACUAGUCAUCCUUAAAAUGGAAAUUGCCUUUCAUAGCUAAAUCUUGUAGGUUAAAAACAACGCUCACCCAAAAACAACACCCUAAAUCAAGCAAGAAGUAUAUUUGGCAAUCGGGUACUUGAGGAAGAGUGUGUUACAACGAAGGCUGGCUUAAAUGGCGGCCUAUUUAGGUUUUUAAGUUACGGAAAACCUGGCUGCCGUUGCAGAAAGCCGAGGAAGCUACUUAACUUUUAUUCAUACUUUUAACUUUAUAUACGGGAUUAUUAGAGAGGGCGUUUUAAGCUGGCGGCUUACAGAUAUAAUUAUAGAUUUAUAGAUAGUCCUCCUCUGAAACUCUGUCAUUCGUAUUCAAGAUGGUGGUCAAAAUGGCAGCCAUCUUGGAUUUAACUGAAAUUUCAGAUUUAUCAAAGUAGAAAAAUAUAUAGUUUAUGAUUUAUCACGUUUUGACUUUUGGUAGCACUCUCAGUUUUUGCCAAAAAGUGUGAAUUUUGGCUAAAAAGCCAGGCUCGGCCUCGUGCCACUUUUGACGUCGCAUUUCGGCGUAACCACUUCAUCCGACUGGGAUCCCAUUUUGUCACAAUAUGUGAAUAGGGAAUCCACCUACCCCUCCUCCCGGAGUGUAAAUAUGUUGUUUUCGACACUUUCUUUUCACAGGGAUAACCUUGUACUUUUACAAGUGGGAUUCAAGUCACUUAGUUAUGAGAUGCAAGAACAGAAGCCAGCAUAUGAUAGCAACACCUUAUUUGGUAAACAAUUGCAGAGUCUCUUUAUUUUCCUUCCUAAACUUUUAAUGUGUUAGCUAACAAAGUCGGUAAGUUAUUGUCCGCGUAGCAAACGACUGUUCUCAGUGAACGAAAACUGAUACUUAACUUUAUCAAAGAUACCCCCAUUUGGUGGAAUUUUCGGCUUCAAUUGAAGAUGAUGAAGAUGAACCUCUUCAUUUUCUAAACAAGGUCUCCGAGGAAAUGUAGUUAUUGAGCAAAUAUGUAGAAAUAAUGUGGAAUAAACGAAGUCUGGCACCUAUGAUCUAUGCUUCCAUAAACUGCAGAUAUCAGCAAAUUAGAUAAGUUGGGCACUUAAAGACCAACCGAUGUAAUUAUUCAUUUUUGAUUUAUCAGGUGAUAUUGGAGGUAGCAUGGGUUUGUUCUUGGGAUGCAGCCUGUUAACUAUCUGCGAGUUCCUCGACUUUUUCAUCAGUCUCCUAGCAACAAGACAUCGACGAUCCCCUCAUCCAGCGUCAGUAGUAGCGCUGAAAACUCACUGA